CUCCUUGCACUGGAGAGCUGCGAUUUGUGCGUGGAACAUGAUGAAAUCUCCCCCUGGACAAAUCACAUCGAGGCUGUCAGCCUCUCCAGGUGGGAUUAGCUGCAGCUAAUAGACUGAGCAAACAGAGACCUUGCGCUCAGUUUUAAAGAAAAAGAGAACCCACUGUGGAGGCUUUUCAAGAAUCCUCUUGAGCAUGGCUAGGAAAAACGGUCUCCAGUUGCAUCAGGUAAUAUCCUUCUUCACUUUUGCUCUUGGGGUGAACGUGUGCAUUGGAUUUACGGCCAAUAGAGUCCGGAGAUCUGGCGAAGGGGAAGAGUUCCCAUUUCCAGUCUUAUCCGAUUCCUCUUGGACCAGUCCUUCUGGAUCCUGCAAAAACAGGUGCUUUGAACUUGACGAGGCAGAGCCUCCAGGUUGCCGCUGCGACAACUUGUGCAAGAGCUACUUCAGUUGUUGUGCAGACUUUGACGAACUGUGUUUAAAGACAGCUGGAGGCUGGGAAUGUACGAAAGAGCGAUGCGGAGAGACGAGGAAUGAAGAUCAUGCCUGUCACUGUUCUGAAGACUGCUUAUCCAGAGGGGACUGUUGUACUAACUACCAAGUUGUUUGUAAAGGAGAGACUCACUGGGUUGCGGAUGAAUGUGAGGAUACACGGACACCAGAAUGCCCAGCAAAUUUUGUUCGCCCCCCAUUGAUAAUCUUUUCGGUCGAUGGCUUCCGUGCAUCGUACAUGAAGAAAGGCGACAAAGUGAUGCGCAACAUUGAAAAACUAAGGUCCUGUGGGACACAUGCGCCAUAUAUGAGGCCUGUCUACCCUACAAAAACCUUCCCUAACUUGUAUACCCUGGCGACGGGCCUCUAUCCUGAAUCCCACGGAAUCAUUGGCAAUUCAAUGUACGAUCCUGUAUUUGAUGCUGCGUUCAGCCUCCGAGGCCGAGAAAAAUUUAAUCACCGUUGGUGGGGAGGCCAGCCGAUAUGGAUUACGGCUGCCAAGCAAGGAGUGAGAGCUGGUUCAUUCUUUUGGUCUACUAUGAUCCCUCACGAGCGCAGAAUAUUAACAAUCCUGCAGUGGCUAACCCUUCCAGACAAUGAAAGGCCUUACGCUUAUGCAUUCUACUCUGAGCAACCAGAUAUCGCUGGCCACAGAUAUGGCCCCUUUAGCUCUGAGGAGAGUAGUUUUGGCUCACCUCUUACUCCACCUAAAAGACCUAAGAGAAAGAUCACUCCUAAGAGGAGACAGAAAAGACGUGUUGAUUCUUCCAAGAAAAGAAGAAAAGCGCCAAGAGCGGAACAAUACUCUGCGGAAUCCCGUCGGAACAAAAUGUUGCAUCCGCUAAGAGAGAUUGACAAGAUCCUGGGACAACUAAUGGAUGGGCUGAAGCAGUUGAACCUGCACCGAUGUGUCAACAUUAUCUUCGUUGGUGAUCAUGGGAUGGAGGAUGCCGCUUGUGAAAGAACUGAAUAUUUGAACAACUACCUGUCUAAUGUGGAUGACAUAAUUCUGAUACCAGGAACACUGGGGCGCAUUCGUGCCAAAGCUAACAGCAAUGUCAGAUAUGAUCCAAAAGCCAUCGUUGCUAAUCUCACAUGCAGGAAGCCUGACCAGCACUUCAAGCCAUAUUUGAAGCAGCAUCUCCCUAAGCGUUUGCAUUACGCCAAUAACCGAAGGAUCGAGGAUAUUCAUUUGUUGGUGGAAAGAAGAUGGCAUGUGGCCAAGAGACCUGGAGACGUGUUUAAGAAAAUAUCAGGAAAAUGCUAUUUCCACGGAGACCAUGGCUACGAUAACAAGAUCAAUAGCAUGCAGACGGUCUUUGUAGGCUACGGACCUUCGUUUAAAUUCAGGGCAAAAGUGCCUCCUUUUGAGAAUAUAGAACUUUACAAUGUGAUGUGUGAUCUUCUUGGAUUAAAGCCUGCUCCUAACAACGGAACCCACGGAAGCUUAAAUCACCUCCUGCGGAGCAACACGUAUAAGCCAGUCAUGCCAGAAGAAGUUACUCGGCCGCUCUAUCCUGUGGCUACAACACCUUCGUCUGACUAUGACCUGGGAUGCACCUGUGAGGACAAGAAUAAGUUGGACGAACUCAAUCGGCGUCUUUAUGUCAAAGGAACGGAAGAUAACAAGCACCUCCUCUACGGUCGCCCAGCUGUUCUUUACCGUACAAAAUACAGCAUUUUGCACCACCACGACUUUGAAAGUGGCUACAGCGAAACAUUCCUGAUGCCUCUCUGGACGUCCUACACUAUUUCAAAGCAGGCAGAGGUGCCUGGAGCCACAGAGCAGCUGGCCAGCUGUGUGAGGCCUGACCUGCGCAUCUCUCCAAGCAAUAGUCAGAGCUGCACGGCCUACAGAGUCGACAGACAAAUGUCUUACGGAUUCCUUUUCCCUCCCCAACUCAGUUCCUCAGCAGAUGCAAAAUACGAUGCUUUUCUAAUAACGAAUGUCAUUCCGAUGUAUCCUGCCUUCAAAAAGGUGUGGAAUUACUUCCAACGGGUUUUGGUGAAGAGAUAUGCCAUUGAGCGGAACGGAGUCAAUGUUAUAAGUGGCCCGAUCUUUGAUUACGACUUCGAUGGUUUGCAUGACACGCCGGACAAGAUAAAGCUGUAUGUGGAAGGAAGUUCAAUCCCAGUCCCAACCCAUUACUAUAGUAUUAUAACAAGUUGUUUAGAUUUCACUCAGCCAGCUGACAAGUGUGAUGGACCACUGUCUGUUCUGUCAUAUAUAUUCCCACACCGUCCAGACAAUGAUGAGAGCUGCUUUAACUCCUCCGAGGACGAAUCCCGGUGGGUUGAAGACCUCUUGAAAAUGCACACCGCCAGAGUACGUGACAUUGAGCAGCUCACCAGCUUGGAUUUCUUCCGGAAGACCAGCCGAAGCUACACAGAAAUCCUCUCUUUAAAGACAUACCUGCAUACAUUUGAAAGCGAUAUUUAACCUUCCUCUUUAAACUCAGCCCAUCCAUCCUCUCAUGAAGUGGUGUAUAUUUUUAUAUUAUAUUUAUUAAUUUGAAACAGGACAUUAAAAUUAUUAGUCAUAUUUUUUGUUUGUUUGUUAAUCUUGCAUCAAAUCUUAAAAUAUAUUAAAGUCUUGUGUCAGUUGUUUUUGAUUUUAUUUUAUUUUUAACGUAGGGUGUAUGUUUUGGUCUCUCCCUGUCUGCCCUCCCUUGCCCCCGAGCUGAGAUUUUUUGAGUGCUUGCUGACACUCAAGUCUCUUGGUCAAAGCUUUUUCAAAUGGUGCUUCAGAGUUGAUUAAUUACUUGGAGGAAACCUUUUAAUUUUUCCAGCACUCCCUUACCUUCUGGUUUUUGUUUUUUGUUUAGUCCUGUACUGUGUAUCAAACAUGUAAAAUGACAAUUACUGUUAACUAUGUGAUAGACAUAUUUAAGCUCCAUAGAGAAUAGAAACUUAAAUAUAAUAAAACCACACAUUCAGGUUU